AUGACGGUCAUGACAACCUCUCCGCUGACCACCAGCGGUAGCUCCGCUCCGCGGCACCACCAGCCGCUCGAAACCAUCCUGACCGACAAACCCUCUCAAAAGCUCAUCCACACCCUCUCCCUCCGGUUGCGACGAAACCAGAUCUCCGGUCCGGAAGCCGUCGCAUCAACCACCGCCAAAGCGCUGCGCAGCGUCGUCUCCUCCGCGCGCUACAGCAGCAUGCAAGAUCUUAUCGACAUCAUCAAGUGUGCGGGACGGUAUCUGCAACUCUCGCAACCGGCCGAACAGACCAUUGGCAACAUCACACGACGCGUAGUGCACCUCUUGCGCGAGGAGGCAAAAGCGGCACUUCUCGAGGCGCAGGAGAAGGAAGGUGGGGGUAGUCUCAGCGGUUCCGUCGGCGACCUGUCGAGCUUCGCACCCGAAAGCCCCGUACCUCCAGUGCAGCAGCAGACGAGAGAGUUGACGCCAGCAGCGAGGCCAGGUCCAUACCCGCUGCGCGUCGCCGCGGAGGGAGGACACGGCUCGUCGGCCUUCGUACACGGUAGCUUUUCGAUUUCGGAUCUUGUUGCUGCCGGUGCGAUGGCGAGCUCGUCGAGCAGUCUGGCGCACACGCCAAAUGACGGGAGCUACGCGGGGACGCCACGCGCCUCGUUGUCGCGCAAGGGGUCUGGGACGUUUGAUCAUAGUCUGGCACAGAUCUCGCAACAGAUGAGCGGGGUGAGUCUCGCCGAGGAUGCGGCGGGCGAGGCGGAGGCCGAGGAGGAGAUGGGUCGCGUAAGCGGUUUGGCCACGCAGGAGCUUGAUGACGAGGACGAAUCUGACGAUGACGAUGACGACGAUGAGGACGAGGAGGAUGACGGAAAGCUUGUGACGGGGAAAAAGUCGGCGGGUGCGUACUUCUUGAAACCGCUGCUGAUCCAAGCGAUUCAGGAUCUCAUCGACGAGCUCGAGACGGUGGACGACAAUAUCUCGAAGGUCUCGCGCGAUCACAUUCAUUCCGGCGAGGUCAUCCUGACUCUCGGCUCCUCGGCGACGGUGCAGGGGUUCUUCACUGCGGCUGCCAAGGAUCGCAAGUUCACAGUCAUCGUUCCCGAGUCGGCGCCUUCGUACAGCGGUCACUCGCUCGCGCGGUCACUGACGGCAGCGGGUAUUUCGGUAUUGCUCAUCCCGGACAGCUCGAUCUUUGCCAUGAUGCCGCGCGUCUCCAAGGUCGUCCUCGGCGCUCAUGCCGUUCUUGCCAACGGAGGCGUGAUCUCCGCCGCAGGUAGCUACGCAACCGCUCUAGCAGCUCAACAGCACAGCACGCCGGUCAUGAUCCUCACGGGAGUGUACAAGAUCUGUCCAGAGUGGUCGAGCAUUCAGAACUUCGCCCAGGCCAGCGGCUCCGUCGGCAGCUUGGGUCCAGCAGCGCUGCUCGACUUUGCCAACAGCAGCAGCGUCGUAGAGCGCGCAGAGGUCGUCAGCAAUGCCUUCGACUAUGUCAGCCCUGGACUGGUCGAUGUCUUCAUCACGAAUGUCGGCGAACAUCCGCCGAGCUACGUGUAUAGGUUGGUCAAGGAGAAUUAUCAUCAGGACGAUAUCGUGCUAUGA